AUGUACCUGUUCCUGCACACUGUGAAGGGGACACCGUUUGAGACCCCAGACCAGGGCAAAGCUCGGCUGCUGACGCACUGGGAACAAAUGGACUAUGGGAUUCAGUUCACUGCGUCACGCAAGUUCCUCACCAUCUCUCCUAUCGUACUGUACUUACUGGCAAGUUUUUACACCAAAUAUGACGUUACACAUUUCUUUAUAAACACAAGCUCACUUCUGAGCGUCCUUUUACCAAAGCUGCCCCAGUUUCACGGAGUGCGAAUAUUUGGGAUCAACAAGUACUGA